AUGCUUUCGUGUAAUUCUCUAGGAAAGCUUAUGAACAACGGAGCAGAUAAUGGAGCCUUUCUUAGGGACUUGGCAUCGUGUUCUUGUAGGGAUUUAAAUCUUGAGAAUCUUAACAUGUUCUUGUUUGUUUAUACAGAACUAAUUAACGCGGAUGCAGAGGAUGCGAGUUGUAGUAGCACGCCUAGUUGGAGAAUCAAGAAAAGUCUAACAUCUACGUAUGCUGAUGAAAAGCUUCAAGAUUUGAUCUCAGACCAGUGGAAAAAUAUGGGAUGGCAAAGAAAAGAUCCAUCCACUGAUUUCAGAGGAGAUGGAUUCAUUUCAUUGGAGAAUCUUCGAUUCUUUGCAAAGACUUUCUCGCGUCUCUUGAAGAAACAGGGAGGCAAAAGAGCAGCUUGGGAAUAUCCAUUCGCUGUAGCGGGCGUCAACAUAACCUUCAUGAUCAUGCAAAUGCUUGACCUAGAAGCAUCAAAACCUAGGAGUUUUAUACGGUUGGUAUUCUUACAAAUGUUGUCAGAAAGCGAAUGGGCCUUUGGUUUGCUUUACUGUGUUGCCUUUGUGGUAAUGGACAAGCAAUGGCUGGACAAGAACGCCACCUACAUGGAAUUCAACGAUGUGCUAAGAUAUGUACAAGGGGCAGCUUGA